AUCUAAUCCUGAGUUUCUGUCAAAGCUCAGAGUUUCCUGUCUGCGCUGAGCUUUAGGCCACUAAUAAAGUUUGACUCCUCCUUGCUCCAAAGGUCCUCCUGCUUGCAAACAGGAGAACAAAGUCAGACGAGACGGAGCAAGGGAUGGGAGCACAGGAGAGGGCGGAGGAAGCCGGAGCUCCUUCAGUGGAGAAGAAGCUACAGAAAACCAGCAAAGAGGUUUAUUUCUGCAUCCUGCCAGAUAAAUAUGAACCUCUGAUCGAAGACGACGAGGAGACAGAAGAGACUGCAGAGGAGAGGAGGAGGAGGAAGGAGGAGAAGAAGAGGAAAAGAAAGAAAACAUACAAGAAGUACAGGAAGAUUGAUCAGCUCGAAGAGUCAAACAACACCACGAACCGGUGUUCUGGGAGUGAAAUUGCAGAGAACUGCAGACACCACACACACACACACACACAACGUGGGGAAAGCGCUGCGCUUCAGCUGGCGCUGCCUGGUAGCUGGUCUACACAGCGUGGCGUCCGUGUACUCAACACCUCUCUCAGCUGUGGCCACGGUGGCGACAGAUGUUCAACGAACCAGUGGCUGCAAGGCAUGAUGGGACUUGGAGGGAAGAGGAGUGGAGGCCUUUAUUCCACGUGCUCAGACUGACUUUGUAUUCAUCACCUCUGUUUUUUAUAUUGUUUUAUUUUGAGUUUUAUUUCUGAAAUGGCAUAUUUACUUGAUGUAUGACACUGAUCCCUGGCACCUUGAUCGCCUCCUCUGUUGUUGAACGGUGUAUUAAAUUAAACAGUCGUCUUUCCUGUUUGGGGUCAAACUGAACCCUGAAAUUUAACACAAGAUUUAUGACCGAUCACAAAGAAUAAACACGUCACACACAUUCAUUCAGUAUAUCACACAGACUGGAACAUCAGCACAUGUGCAAUCAAACAUGUAUACUGGUGAUAUAAAGAGAGACAGCAAUGGGCAUGCGCCAACCGCAUGCUUCAUUUAUUGUAUGUGACACAGCGCCACCCGUGGUGAGUCACAGCACUGCACUGCCUCACCUGAUGCUCUCUGGGUUACAGCUGGCUGUUUGUGCAACUCUCAACCACAACUAAGAGGACGGAGGCUCCACCUUGUGGCGUACCUUCACAACUGCACCUUAAAAGCUCAUUACUGACAGGUGUGUGUGUGUGUGUGUGUGUGUGUGUGUGUGUGUGUGUGUGUGUGUGUGUGUGUGUGUGUGUGUGUGAGGGAAUCCUGCAAAAAGACAAACUCAUGCAGUCACCCAACUCUACAGCAGCAAAGAUGUUCUAAUAAAAAGAGAACACACUCGUC